GGCCGUCAGUCGCCGGCAUGGCGGUGUGCGCUCGCCUCUGCGGCGUGGGCCCGUCGCGGGGUUGCCGGCGCCGCCAGCAGCGCCGGGGCCCGGCCGAGACGGCGGCGGCCGACAGCGAGCCGGACACGGACCCCGAGGAGGAGCGCAUCGAGGCGGGAGCGGCGGCGCUGUGCGGGGCCGGCGGCGGCCGGGGCGCGGGCCCCUCGUCGCCGCCGCGCUGCUCGCUGCUGGAGCUGCCGCCCGAGCUGCUGGUGGAGAUCUUCGCCUCGCUGCCCGGCACCGACCUGCCCAGCCUGGCGCAGGUCUGCAGCAAGUUCCGGCGCAUCCUGCACACCGACACCAUCUGGAGGAGGCGCUGCCGGGAGGAGUACGGCGUUUGUGAAAACUUGCGGAAGCUGGAGAUCACUGGCGUGUCUUGUCGAGAUGUCUACGCGAAGCGUAUAAACCCUCGCGUGAAGUCGGGACGUUUCAUGAAAAUUCUUCCCGAUUACGAGCACAUGGAGUACAGAGAUGUUUACACCUGCCUGCUGCACCGAUACAGACACAUUCUGGGAUUGUGGCAGCCAGAUAUCGGGCCGUACGGAGGACUGCUGAAUGUAGUGGUGGACGGCUUGUUCAUCAUUGGCUGGAUGUACCUACCCCCCCACGACCCUCACGUGGACGACCCGAUGCGGUUCAAGCCCUUGUUCCGAAUCCACCUGAUGGAGAGGAAGUCGGCCACGGUGGAGUGCAUGUACGGCCACAGAGGGCCCCACAACGGCCACAUCCAGAUCGUGAAGAAGGAUGAGUUCUCCACCAAGUGCAACCAGACGGACCACCACAGGAUGUCUGGCGGGAGGCAGGAGGAAUUCCGCACGUGGCUGAGGGAAGAAUGGGGACGGACGCUGGAGGACAUUUUCCACGAGCACAUGCAGGAGCUCAUCCUGAUGAAGUUCAUCUACACCAGUCAGUAUGACAACUGCCUGACCUACCGCCGCAUCUACCUCCCGCCCAGCCACCCGGACGACCUCAUCAGGCCUGGCCUCUUCAAGGGCACCUACGGCAGCCACGGCCUGGAGAUUGUCAUGCUCAGCUUCCACGGGAAGCGUGCCAGGGGCACGAAGAUCACGCUUCUACGGCACAGGCCUCAUCGCCGGCCACGGCUUCACCAGCCCCGAGCGCACGCCCGGCGUCUUUGUGCUGUUCGACGAGGAUCGCUUCGGCUUCAUCUGGCUGGAGCUGAAGUCCUUCAGCCUGUACAGCAGGGUCCAGGCUGCCUUCCGGAAUGCGGACGCCCCGUCCCCACAGGCCUUCGAGGAGAUGCUCAAGAACAUCCAGUCGCUCACCUCCUGACGGCCGCUUCCCCGUGGUGGGCGGCUCCAGGCCGGAAGAGCAGCAGCAUGGCUCAGAGCGCGGCCUCCGCCGAACACCCACCUCCCGCAGGAGCCUUCUCGGCGCGGCUGCCCCCAACGCUUUCCGUGGAGCGCGCCCCUCACGCCUGCAUAGCUGCCAGUAGCGAGAGGGAAGCUGAGCAUGUCUUAGACAAACGACAGAACCAGAACAAACUGACUUAGAGGAUGGGCUGCAGGGCGUGUAGGUGACGGAACUGGAGAAACUGGCCGUUUUCUAGGGAAAACAAAAUCCUCCUCCAGGGAAGUUCAUGACGCAAGAGAGCCUGUUGCCUGCGGCUGACGGGAGGGUUCGUGGGUGAGGGGUGCGGGCUCCACCAUCCCCUCUGCAGGAAGCGAGCUGGAGGGCCUUGGUGACUCUGACGCAGCCUGGGUGGGUGGGGGCACUGUGUGUGGAAUAGGAGCUCCAGGGAGUCGGGGGCUUCAGGCUCUGAACCCACUUCUCUACCUACUCGCUUGGAGUUUGGACAAAGGCAUUUCACCCUGAUCUCCGUUUCCAAGUCGGUGACGUGCGGCCAUUGAUACAGGUCACUAGGGAACGCCCCCGCAGGCUUCCCAGCAGCUCAGGGGCCCUGCAAGCACCCCCCUGGCCCUGGUCUCCCCUGGGUCUUGUGCCUGCCCGGCCUCUCUCAGACGUUAGAACCUGCACCUUCACUGUGGCCUUUCCGACGAGCAUUCACUUCGUGCACGCCCUGCCCCCGCCCCGUCCCCGCACGCGCUGGCGUGAGACCCUGAGCUGCAGCCGCUGGCCUCAGAACCAGGACAGGGCCCCCUCUGAGACGACCUGCAUCUGUUCCUCCUGCGUGCUUUAUGCAGGUGCCACUCUCGGAAGAGGUGAAGCAUCCGAAGGGGUUGUGCCAAGUGGGUGUGAUGCCCCUUUGCGGCGGGGAGGGCAGCUUUCUGGAAGCGUCGCUUGCACACAGGGAGGCGCACCUUGGAGACCAGGACCCUCCAGCAUGCAGACCCUGGGCGCUGACCCUCCCUCUGGCGUGUUGGCCCCUGCAUUUGGGGACCCCUGUGCGGUCUGAGCUUGGCGUCUCCGGAAGAACGGAGCCCCGCGUGGCCGUGCACAGACUUGCCGGAGUUCUAGUCAGCCCUCCCUCCAGGCCACAGAGCCGUCACGCCCCCGCCUAGCAGGGCAUGUGGCUUCUGGGGGUGGACAGACUCUGUCGCUCCCCAGUUGCUCGUCCUUGUGGGGUCGACUGCGCUGAGCCCUCACACUGGAGGUGGGGGCCCCAGGGAAGGGGCCGCUUUGUGGCGCCUUCACGUAGAGACCAACCUGAGGCGCCCUGUGAGAUGAGACCUGUGUUUCCUGAUAGUGUUCUCCCUGACCAGCCCUCUUCUAAAAUAGCAACCCCCCACUGCCCCGCUUCCGUACAUUUGGCGACUUUGCUGCCCAGAAUCACAGAAGCAACCAACUCUGGGCACGGCCCUGAAAUGCAGACUGGGCCUCCCAGGAGGCCCCGUGGGGUCCGCCCUGGGCAGCCGCCGGGCACUAUUGGCCAAGUCUCGUCAAAGGCACCGCGGCUCACCUCCCAGACCCUUCUAGCGGGACUUGCGGUUGGGUGGGGACGUGGUUCCACCUCCUGCAUCUCUCACAGGACUGAGACUCAAAGCCCAUCGCCCUCCUCCCUAUCACAGCACAGCUGUUCUCUCGUGCCAAGUGUGGCCGUCCCCAACGGUGACAACUGGCCGCAAAGCCUUGAGGACAAUGAAAAUGGAGGACAGCUAGGUGCUAGGCUGUUCCUCUCUAGUUUUCACCACUGUUUAAAUAAAAUCAAGAAAAUGCGUAUUUUACCCAGAGCUAAGGGACCAUCUCCAUCUGAGGCCCCCAGGCUUGUAAAACGCACUCGGAUUGAGGAUGAGCGCUUCCGAUUAAACCAACUGCAAACUGAAUGACGUUCUGCCUCUGGUGUCUGGCCCGGCGCGUGCUUUCCACUAGCAGUGACUCAGGUAACCCUGCGCUGUUGGCUGCAUUCACGUCGGCCUCUGUCUCUGAUGUCAGACGGCCCCCAGGCCUGUGGGUGGCGUCCGCCCAGCUGGCAGCGGCCUGGGUGUCGCCAGGCGGGUCAGCAGCGGCGAAGGGCAAGGGCUUGUCGUCGGCACAGCCGGUGGUGCAGGUCUCCCAGUCCGACCUGUGCUCAGCCAGCUCCUGAUUUCAGCAGGUGAGGUGUGGGGGCAGUGGCCGUUCUGUGUGCAAGCCUGGCAUUGGCCGCUCCCCUUCCUGGUGGACGGUCAGCCAGCUCGGAGCGGGGGAGCUUCCAACAUUAACUUGGAGGCGAGGAUUCAAAAAGGCUGACGUCAUGGUCUGAGGCCUAAAGGCAACCGGGCUUUUGAUAGAGCAGGUUCCAGUGGGCACUCGAAUGACCCAGGUUAGGGACAGGCUGUGUCCACAUGGGGCUUGAAUUGGGGGUGGGAGGCGGACCUCGGAGGGUCUUUGGAUGUUUCCCAUGGCUGACACCACCUUCACUGCGGCUUUGCUGCCGGGAGGUUGGGAAAGUCAGGUGUGGGGUAGGAGGAGCUCAGGCGCACCUCUGUGCCCAGGCGGACUCCACGCUCUGCUCGUCUAUCAGGAAUGAUGUGUUUGGGGAUUUUAAACACGGGUCACUGGGGAUUCUUCACGUUGGGCCUGAAUGUUUUUGGUGUGAGGCUGUGGCAAAUGACCUUGUUUUUUGGCUGUGUGACGUGGGCGUGGCACUACCUGGAUCUCUGCCCGCCCUGGGCUCCAGCCUCUAAUGCUGAGUGUGAACAAGUUUGGGGGCAUCGUGGUGGGAGGGUUUCAGGCUCCUUCCUUCCUGGGUCCAGACUGGAACCUCCCUUCUGCCUCUCCCGGGCCCCUCCUCUGGGACAGUCUAGCUCACCGUGGCUGGUGCUCACGGCCACAGCUGCCCUGCUCCUCCCCUCGCCCCCUCCUGCCCCAACACCUGCGUCCCUGCCCAACGUGGAGGGUGGGAGAGCGCACAGUGCUCUAACUAGCUACAUCCCCGCUUCCUGCACAACAAGCACAGGGUGCAGUUGUCUAAUAGGCUUUCUCACUGAGAACUCUGAGUUGUUCCCACACGGCCAGAGCCCUCCCUUAGCCAGCUGCCCUCUUGGCCUGCCACCUUCAGGGCUGGUUUUAGUUUGUGGGUUUCCCGGGUUUUCUCCCACUGCUGCUGUGAGGUCACUUUAGUGCCUGUGAGCUGAGCCAGAGAGGAUCGGAAACCUGCUCAGCCUUUUGUCAUUCAGGGAAUCGCCCGAGGUCCUCAUGACCACGGUGUCUUGAGGGUAGACUUGGAGCACCUGACUGUGACUCGAGUUCUUUUGGAUACUUUCACGUUCUAACUUUUAAGAAUGCUUAUGGGAAUGUUCUCACAUAACCCUCACCUGCCUUGCGGAUAAGAUGCCCCAGUUCGUGGUCCAUCCCAGUGUGAACAUAGGCUAAUGUCUCUGUCUUUACUUUUGGGAGAAGAUCUGAAGUGUAGUUUGUUUGUUCUCACAACUAUUGGGUUGGCCAGGAAGUUCAUUUGGUUUUCUUCAUAACAGCUUACGAAGAGGCCCGAAUGAACUCUUUGGCCAACCCAAUAUUUAGAGAGAAGGCCGCAAUACCGCCAGUUUGCCCGAGACUGUGAAUGGGAACCAUGUGGAGUGGUGCUGUGUCAUUUACAACUCGGUGGCCUGCAGGCCAGCCUUCAGGAGGGGGUGAGCAAGGUGACCCGCAGUGACACCUGAGGCUUGGGCAGAAAGGCAGCCCCUCUUCUGGGUCCUUCCUGUGCUCGCAGGGAGACCAGCUGGAACACGUGAAGGGAUCAGAAAUGUUUGCUUUUUUAGCCUAAUUCUACUUUGGUCGUUUGAGGUCAUACAGCCUUCUUGAAGAAGAAAGACAUUCAUCCUGUUUGAUCUUGAAACCCCACCCCCGAGCGAUAAAGACGAGAGUUGAGAUGGAAGGAGUUGUGGUCCCUCUCAGGCAUCCGCUAGGGCUUGC